GUUGUCAAUUAAUGUCAUUCAAAAAAAAUUUCUAUGAUAUUGUAAAAAUAUAUAAACUUGUUAUUACUUUAGCCGAAUUUACAUUUUAAAUGGCUUUCUCGGUUUUAAAUUUGGUAGCAAGGAAGAGUGCACUUUCAGCUUUUCAAAAAAGUUUACUAAAAACUUUUCCAGCUGUAGCUGCAAGCCAACAAAACCGUGGAGCUGCGAAAUGGUCCCCCGAUCCUGAGUUUUUUCAACAGUUUGGUGGAGCGGUUAUGUACCCCGAUGAAGUAACAUCAUUAUGGAAAAUACCACCAUACAACAGUAAAAUUGCACCAGUUGAGAAAAGUGUCAGAAACUUAACCCUUAACUUUGGUCCCCAACAUCCCGCUGCUCAUGGAGUGUUACGUUUAGUUUUGGAACUCGAUGGAGAGGUUGUUGUUCGAGCUGAUCCUCAUAUUGGUUUGUUGCAUAGAGGUACAGAAAAGCUUAUAGAAUAUAAAACUUAUACUCAAGCAUUACCUUAUUUUGAUCGUUUGGAUUAUGUUUCAAUGAUGUGCAAUGAGCAAUGUUAUUCGUUAGCUGUGGAAAAACUUCUGAAUAUUGAAGUACCGUUACGUGCAAAAUAUAUUAGGACUUUGUUUGCUGAAAUAACACGCAUAUUAAACCAUAUCAUGGCGGUCGGAACACAUGCAUUAGAUGUCGGUGCACUUACACCAUUCUUUUGGUUGUUUGAAGAACGUGAGAAAAUGAUGGAGUUUUACGAAAGAGUUUCUGGUGCACGAAUGCAUGCAGCUUAUAUCAGGCCGGGAGGGGUUUCUUUGGACAUACCUUUAGGGUUAUUAGAUGAUAUUUAUGAAUUUGCUUCCAAAUUUGCUGAGAGAUUGGACGAAGUCGAAGAUGUUCUUACAACAAACCGAAUCUGGGUCCAACGUACUGUAGAUAUUGGCAUAGUUAACUCAGAGGAUGCUUUAAACUAUGGGUUUAGUGGAGUAAUGUUACGAGGUUCAGGAAUUAAAUGGGAUUUAAGGAAACAACAGCCAUAUGAUGCUUAUCACUUAGUAGAUUUUGAUGUGCCGAUUGGAACGAAGGGCGAUUGUUAUGAUCGCUAUUUGUGUCGUGUAGAAGAAAUGCGGCAAUCACUUCGCAUAAUUGAUCAAUGCUUAAAUCAAAUGCCCCCUGGUGAAAUUAAAACGGAUGAUGCUAAAGUAACGCCACCAUCUAGAGCGGAAAUGAAAAAUUCAAUGGAAGCCUUGAUUCAUCAUUUUAAGUUAUUUACACAAGGCUAUCAAGUUCCUCCAGGAUCUACAUACACAGCAAUUGAAGCCCCGAAAGGAGAGUUUGGGGUUUAUUUAGUUUCCGACGGUUCAAGUCGUCCAUACAGAUGUAAAAUUAAGGCUCCCGGUUUCGCUCAUUUAGCUGCUUUGGAGAAAGUAGGAAAACAGCAUAUGCUAGCAGAUAUUGUAGCUAUAAUUGGUACUUUAGAUGUAGUAUUUGGUGAAAUUGAUCGAUAGAGAAUUAAAAAUAUAACUGUUAUUUGUUUAAAGGAAAAUCGAUAUUCGCAUAUUAUAAUAAAAUCUUAAACAAAUGAAAAAAAUUAAGAAAA